AUGUUAGAGGACUUGAGCGUAUACAAGAGCCUCAAGUCCAAUAACGCACCCCAAAGCGACAUCUCAAAGGCAGCUGACAAAACUUCCAGAAAAAUCAUACAGCAGUACGGGUGGGAAGAUCCUUUACGCACCACGACCACGGCGGAAGCUACCAGGGAGGGUCCACUUGACGAACAGGAGCAGAAGCGCAGAGAUACGCUAUUCCGAAAGGUUCACGGCGAAGUGCUGAAAGUGUGGCGGGAGACGCUCGCUUCAGAAGCGGCAGUAGCGGGGAAGCCUUCGGCUGAGAUCGUGGACCUCAUCAAGAUUUUUGCACGCAAGCCCCGCAGAAAACAACUUUACAAAGUCUGGGCGAAGUCGAAAGAACGUCCUGAACUCGAAAGAGAAGUGGACGCUCAUCAUGCUGCCGCGAUACAGGCCGGCUCGGGUACGUCACCAACCCCGCGCGUGGCGAUAUGGAACGUCGUGGCCGCCGAGCAAUACAAGAACGCGAGCAAGAAGGAGAAGAAGGCGGCCAGAAAGCAAGGCAAACGGAUCCAUCGACAGGAUAUGAAGAAAUGGGAGGCGAGUGCAGCUACAAACCCCGAGUCUCCUGACGAAGCGAUUGAGUUCAUGAAGUCGUCGCAACUAUUCUUGAGCGACUUAAUGCAUUUCUUCGCCAAUCGCGCAUCUGGCGUAGCCAUUAUGUUCCUGAGCGGUCCUGGCGGGUCAAGCCUAGUUUCCGAGGGUGUCUGCAACGUACUCGGUCAGCCAAAGCUGCUUUACUCGGAGGCUAACCCUGGAGGCUGCGAAGAUUUCAAGUACGCGGUGACGAAACAGGCACAGAUUAUGAACGAGAUAAAGUGGGGCAAAGCUGCCACCAUGCUUGAUCAAAAUCGCAACGAAGACGAUCGCAGUGUUGGUAACAUCGGCUGUAUAAGUGACACAGUCCAGAGUGACGACUACAAAGGAGACCAUGCUGCGAGCAAGGAUGUCCUCGGGAGCAGCGGUGGCGAAGAAGGCAGCGGCAGUGGCGAAGAGGAAGGUGGUGGAAGUGAAGAAGAGGGAAGCAGCAGCGACGAAAGUCUUGACUCCAUGAUCGACGACAGCGCGGGGGAGACGGCCAGCGUUGAGUUCCUGUUCCGACCAUUGGCGGGUGUCUCGGACAUCGAAAUGUCACGCGUUCAGCACCCCGUCGACCUCAGUAGGCCGCUCCACCUAUAUCCGAACGAUGCAGCUUCGGACACGAGCGGAAUACUCCCGGUGCGAACCGCCGCCGGGGCCGACAACCACCAUUCGCGCGGCGAGAGCAAUCACAAUCAUAUCCCGGAGGCGACAUAG